GUAGUUCAGCACGCUCGGCCGACCGGAUGCAGUUCGCGGUUGCUUCUUCUGAAAGUGGGGAUCAUGGAGCCGCGGCUGCGAGUGUUGGAGUUAUACAGCGGGGUCGGAGGGAUGCACUAUGCAUUGAAGGGAAGUGGAAUACCUGCAGAAGUUGUGGCAGCUGUUGAUGUGAAUACAGUGGCCAAUAAGGUUUACGCACACAAUUUUCCUUCCACACCAUUGUGGCCAAAAACAAUUGAGGGAAUAACACUGAAAGAACUCAACAGCUUAUCUUUUGAUAUGAUUUUAAUGAGUCCUCCUUGUCAGCCCUUUACGAGAAUUGGUCGACAAGGUGAUAUUUCUGACCCUAGGAGCAAAAGUUUUCUCUAUAUUUUAGAUAUUCUUCCAAAGCUUACAAGGCUGCCAAAAUAUUUACUUUUAGAAAAUGUCAAAGGUUUUGAAACAUCUUCUGCCAGGGAUGAACUUAUACGAACAUUAAAAAAAUGUGGAUUUACAUAUCAAGAAUUUCUGUUGUCUCCAACUUGUAUUGGGAUUCCAAACUCAAGACUGAGGUACUUCCUGAUUGCAAGACUCCAUUCAGAGCCCUUUUCUUUUCUAACACCUGGGAAGAUUUUGACUGAUUUCCCAAGCCAGGAAACAGAGAAUUCAAAGACAUGUAAGGUUGCUGCAACUGUGGCAGGUGGUGGUUCUCAAGGACUUAUGAAAGACCCCAGUUCUUGUCAUGAUGCUAAAGGCAAGCAGUGCCUAGAGAAGGAGGAGUUUCUGUAUAAACUUGAAACAGAGUCAGAAUUGGAAAGAAAACAGCAGUGGGACAACAAUCUGUCUUUACAGAUGCUCAAAAAUUUUCUCCAAGAUGACAGAGAAGAGCUGAGUCGGUACUUCUUACCACUGAAGUCCUUGCUACGUUAUGCUCUCCUUUUAGAUAUUGUCAGACCCACUUGCAGAAGAUCUACAUGUUUCACAAAAGGGUAUGGACACUACGUAGAAGGAACGGGUUCCGUGUUACAGAUGGCAGAAAAUAUUCAGCUUGAAUCCGUAUUUAAAUCCUUUGAUGAUUUGUCUGAAGAUGAAAAGCUUAAGAAUCUAUCAAUGCUUCAACUGCGGUAUUUUACUCCGAGAGAGAUAGCAAAUCUGCAUGGAUUUCCCCCUGAAUUUGAUUUUCCUGAAAACAUUGCCAUAAAACAGUGUUACCGUCUACUUGGAAACAGCCUCAGCGUGUUUGUGGUUGCUAAAUUAAUUUCAUUUCUCGUUGUUGACCCUAUCAAUAAGUGAUGAAUUGUUCAAGUGAACUUUCUGGGACCAUUAUACUACAUCAGAAUAUGGAUUUCUUUCUUGGAAGAAGAUUGAAUCUGAUUACUAUGGUAUAUUUGUGUGGAUGCUCAUCUUUGUUUAUAAAAUAAAUAAUUGUCUAAUGUG